AUGAAUUUGCGGGUGCAGCAUCUGGUUGAGAUUCUGCUGUCGGAUGAACGGCUGGAAGUGGCAGUGCUGCGUCUAUCCCCAUUGCCACACAGCCAGGUGCCUCUCAAUGCAGUACACUCACGCCUCAAGAAGGGCAGCCUCACUCAGGUGCUUGCCGUUUUUGCUGAAUCACUCAAGCAGGGCCUGCUGAGUGGUCACGAGGACAUUGGAACGCUAGUUGCACUCAGCAGCUUGCUCAAGCAGCGCCAUGCUGAAUUGCUACAAGAAAUACAAGGGAAGCUGUUCUUUUCGGAGAUGGCCAGUUCUAGUCCCCUGCACCAGCUGCUUGUGGUUCUCUUUGAGCAAGCCAGGUCCCCUCACAAGCAGGUGAGAGAGGCUUCCCUGCACUGCCUUGGCAUCCUCGGUCCUGUGGAGUGGCACCUGCCGUGCCUAUCGACAGCGCACUGGAACCCCAUCUCGGGCAUGGUGGACGAGGCAGACAAGGGGUGUCAGGACAUCACUUAUGCAUUCAUCUUCCGCAGAAUGGAGUGUUACCUAAGCCAUCCAGACACCAAGCUGUCUCAUGCGGCAUGCCAGGCACUCAAAUCUGCACUGGCUACACCGGCAGGCUUUGACUUUGCAUCGCAGCACAGACUCGAUGGCGACAUGAAGGACAUCUUUUCUUUGCUGCACCCUUUUGUGCCUUCACGUUAUGACGUGUGCCCCAGGGAGCGCCCUGUUGGUGCCACCGACCAUUCGCAGCUGUGGGCACCCGAGGAUGCCUGCGACCACGCCACCUGGAUCACCAAUCUGGUCUGCACGCUGAUUCGGUGCUGCAAUGACCACGUCUUAUGGGCUCUGCUGCCUCUCUGCACAAUGGCGGUGGACCUGUGUGAGCUGCUGUUGCCGCUGGUAGUGGAGACACUAGCAGAUGAGGGCACCCACUGGAAUGCGGUCGUGUCGGGCAUGGCCACCUUUCUUCAGUGCCAUGCACAGCUCAAAGAUGACGCCCAGAAGAGCCAGUCGACUGUCGUUUCCGAGCCAAUGAGCACCGAGGUGACCAGUGGCCAGGUUUACUGCUCUCAGGCAUCCGUGGCAGUUCUGAUGUCAGCCGUGGAACGCAUGCUGGUUCGCCGGGAUGCCAAGACGUCUGAGGAUGGCGGAUUGCUGCACUGGAGUGCUGUGGAGGCUGCGCCCGUGCAGUCGGUGCUGGUGGCCUCCUUGUCGGGCCUUGGGGACUUGGACGCCCUGACUGGAUGCAGGUGCCUCGCACUGGGUGCACACUUCCCUCUGUGGCGCCACUGGGCAGAGCAACAGGGCGCGCAGUGGCCGACACUGUUGGCACAGGCUGAUCUCGAGGCCACAGGACGUAACGCCCGCCUCGGCCAUGCCUUGAAGCAGUGCGGACUGUACAACACGCUGACUGCCUACGUGGAACCUGGCACUCCAGACUUGACCGAACUGCAAGCUGAGUGCGCCUGGCGAUUGGCUAACUGGGACUGCCGCCUGCCCCAAAACGACCAAGGGCGAUCGUCACGGAUGGUGAUAAUUGUCCGCCCGGAGCAGCGCAGGGUCAUCCAUCUCCGCUGGACUAUGAUGACCAACAUGAAGUCGUCGGCCGACAAACGAGGAGACCACUUCUUUGUGCCACAUCAGAAUUCGUGCCGCCUGACAGCACAUUUCAUUCCAAUGGUCGUGAUGUUAGUGUUGCCAGAGAACGCUGACAACCAAAGGGCGCAGGACAUUUCCGAUGUGCACUGGCUGGCCACAGUUGUUAACGUCCUCACUCUCUGGUGUCUCGCUGAAAACUUCAAGGAAAAGUCUGCGAUUAGGUUCCCCAUCAGGGGGAGCUCAGAAAACCUGCGGCUGCAGCCGCCCCUUGCCGAGGGCAGCCACCUCGCCCGGCUGGCCUUCCGCAGCCAGUGA